GCAGGUCGUCGGUGGGCCACGAGCCCAGCGGGCAAGCGCGACACGUGUACUCGUCGAACACAAACUCGUUGUCCUUGCAAGGCGUGCAGGUCCAGCAACAGCUUACCUCGCCUUUGCGGAUCACCUGUCAAAAUUGGCUCGGAGCACACGGAGAGUAUGAGGUCGCUGUCGUUGUUCCAGAUCUCCCGGUCGUUCAUGCGAAGGCCGCCCUGGUCCCAGCUACCCACGUGGACGUAGGCGUACUCGUCCUGGGCCAUUUGCUUGAAGUUCAUGAUCUCGUACCUGGGACCAAAGCGCCGUCAGUCGACCGUCACGUGCGGGAGGAGACGCUGCCUCGUUUUCACCUGCCGGUAUCCACCUUGUCUGCGGGCGGCUGGUGAUGGACGGAGAACAGCGCUCCGAUGAUGAUGUCGCCUGGGAUGCGAGCCAGCACCCGUCUCUCGUUGUUCUGGGCGCCGACCCCGACCCGAUCCCGCGAACCCAGUCGGCUCAUCUCGGCUCCCAGCAGAACGCUCGCAGCCAGCAGCCGUGCGUACACCCCCAUUCUCCACACCACCCUGCCGUUCCUCGUCAUACCUGCCGCCAUCUUCUCAGAGGUCAGCCAUGUUGCCUCGCUUUUCGCGCAUUAAUGCGCAUGCGUUCCUGGACCUGCCCUGAAUCACGUCGUUUUCCACUUGUUCGUCGCUCAAGUGAAAUGUGCAACUUCAUCACCAAUAAUUUCUGUCUGAGUGGUCGUGAGCUCUCUAAUAGCAUCAGUGAAAGCCUCAUCCUGAGGUUAAGCAGCAUGUGACCGGACUCAGCGGGGAAGGAGGAGUCUCCGAAGGAAAAGAUUUUUAAGGCCUUGAAAAGCAUGACAGACCGUAUUCCAGGCCUUUUCUUUUUUCUUUCAUACCGGCUGCGAUGUGGUGUGUGGCCCUGGUUUUUAUGAUCUUUUGGGAGCCGGGGCUGCAGCAGUUCCCGCGCCCCUGUGCCACCCGCCAGGCUCUGCUGACCAAGGAGUGCUGCCCCCCUUGGGAUGGGGACGGCUCUGCGUGCGGGGCCAGCUCCGGUCGAGGUUUCUGCCGAGAUGUGGUGGUACCGGACGCACCGGAUGGGACGCAGUAUCCUUUCAGGGGGGUGGACGACCGCGAGAGAUGGCCCCUGGUGUUCUACAACCGAACCUGCCAGUGCAUGGGCAACUUCAUGGGGUUCAGCUGUGCCGACUGCAAGUUUGGCUACUACGGGGUGAACUGCCUUGAAAGGAGGGAGUCGCUCCGGAGGAACGUGUUCCACUUGACCCGAACCGAGAGAACGCAGCUGGUGUCCUACCUCAACCUGGCCAAGCAGACGCCGAGCAGCGACUACGUGGUCGCCACGGGAACCUACCGGGAUAUGGAGAAUGGCUCCAACCCCACCUUUGCCAAUGUCUCCGUGUACGACAUCUUCGUGUGGAUGCACUACUACGUGUCCCGGGACACGCUGCUCGGCGGGGCGGGAAACGUGUGGGUGGACGUAGACUUUGCCCACUGGGCACCCGGGUUUCUUCCGUGGCACCGCGUCUACCUGCUGCAAUGGGAGCGGGAGAUCAGGAAGAUCGCCGGGGACGACGGCUUCUCUAUCCCCUUCUGGGACUGGAGGGAUGCGCAGGGAUGCGACGUGUGCACUGAUCAGCUUAUGGGGGGGCGGAACCCCCGGGACCCCACUCUGCUUAGUCCCGGCUCCGUCUUCUCCUCCUGGAGGUCGUUGUGUUCCCAAGCGCAGGACUACAACGCUCGCGGCGUUCUGUGCGACGCCCGAGCCGAGGGCCCUCUUCGCCGUAACCCGGGCAACCACGACCGAAACCGGGUGCCGCGUCUGCCCACCUCCGCCGAGGUUGCCUUCACCCUCAGCUUGACCAACUACGACACGGGCGCUAUGGAUCGCACCGCCGCAAUGAGCUUCCGGAACACCAUGGAAGGAUUUGGGGACCCCCAGACGGGCUUGGGCAGCAGCACUCGUAUGGGCAUGCAUGCUGCUCUGCAUAUCUUCAUGAACGGAUCCAUGUCCUCUGUGCAGGGCUCGGCUAACGACCCCAUUUUUCUCCUGCACCACUCCUUUGUGGACAGUCUCUAUGAAGAGUGGCUCAGGAGGCACAGGCCCGACCCGUCGCAAUACCCAACUUCGAACGCCCCCAUUGGACACAACGGCGAGUACCACAUGGUUCCCUUCCUGCCUCUGCACACCAACCGGGAGUAUUUUAUAACCAGCAAAGAGUUGGGCUACGAGUACUCACGCCUGCUGGCUACCAACCAGCUUCUGUUUGACUCCUUGCGUCCCUACAUGGAGGAUUUGCAUGCCAUGUGGCCAUGGUUUCUGCUCGCCAGCCUCUGCGGCGCAGUUGCGGCGCUGGCAUUGCCCGCCGCCGCAGUUUACAUCAAACGCCGUGUCCCGGCGUGGCCACGGCUCCGGAAAAGAUUCUUCCUGUACCCAACAUUUCAGGAAACUCAGCCUCUUCUCAGGAGAGAUGAAGAAAACAAACCCUGCGGCUACACAGCAGCUAUGUGAUGACGUACCAUUAGGUAGUCAUGCGCUUGUUUGUCAACAUGUACAUGUUACAAUAAAGACCUUUCUUCUUGCAAAAGUAA